AUGUCACAAAUACCACCUCAGGUGCAUGAAACAAUAGAACAGUUCUUCAAGAGUAGUUCGACUUGGUCACUAUUUUCGUUUCUCCAGUACAGAGAGGGUGUAGACGAUUUCACAUACGACAAAGUGAAAGAGCAUAUGUUAUACAAGAGUGCUCUGAAUUUGUUAUCCAAAGAUCACGAUCAAGCUCGAAAGUGUCUUCUUAAUUUUGAGCCAGCUGAAUUCGCUUGGCGGGUGAGAGUGGAGUUCGUCUUCCCUCAGGCGUCCUUGAAUAGACUUCGCGUUAUUGCCAUAACGCAACUGGAUGGGUUCGUCCCAACUGGUUGUCAGACUUCGUGUUAUGUUAUGAAUGAGAGAUCUUCUGGGAAUGUCCACAAUUUCUGGACAACGAUCGAAAAAAAACGCUACGGGGAUCGAAUUGGCAUCGCAAGGGCUGAUGGUGUCUUACGCAUGUUAGAAGGCACGACCGCUGGUCAACAGCAU